GCCCAGGGACGCCCUUCCCGUGCCCCGAGCCAAGGGAGGAAGCGGCCGGAGGCAGGAAGCCUUCCCCCAGGCCCGGGGCCCCCGCUGCGAUUUUGCUGGAAGGUCAGCGGCGACACAACAGGAAAUCGUGCUGCCUCGGCUGGGCGGCCAGGCCGGAGGCGCAGAGCCGCGCCGUGCUGGCCCGGGGCCGCUGCCAGCCUCCGGCCCUCCGUCCUGGCUGGGUGGCUCGCGGGGAACCCGCGCCACCACUGCCCUUCAUGGAAGGGGGACGGGAGCCGGGGAGCAGCCGCUGGCCCCAGGGUGGAAGAUGCAGGGCCGAAGCCCCCAGCCGAGCAUGGAGCUGAACAGACUGCUCCUCCUCACAUCCUUCCUCCUGCACGUGAAAGAGGACCGUGCCAGCCCAACACGGCUGGUCUGUGACAACAGGCUUAUCCAGAAGUACAUCGUGGAGGCCAAGGACAUGGAAAAGAGAGUGAGCCAGUGCCAGGCCCUGCCUGCACUCAGGUGCCCUGCAGUGCUGCCCUUGGUGGACUUCACUUUCCAGCAGUGGAAAUCCAAAUCGAAUGAGACCAAGCGGCGCGAGAUCCUGUGUGACCUGGCCCUGCUGCUGGGUGCUGCAGCAGGGGCCCAGGGCCAGGUGACAGACGAGUGCGGGGCCAGGCAGCUGAGCCAGCUUUACCGACACGCCAACUCCUUCUUCCUGCUCCUGCAGACCUUCAGCUGGGAGGCAGGACACUGGGAGCCGAGCUGCUCCCCACACUCCAUGGAGCAGACCCACAUCUCCAGCAUCUUCCUCACCUACCGGCAGCUGGUACAGGGCAAGCUGCGCUUCUUCUUCUACGACCUGGCCAAGGUCUUGUGCAAGCAAGGACAGGGGGACAGCAGAGACCCUCCAUGCGGGGCCCAAUGAGGCUGCACACAGGGUUCAACCACAAAGCAGUGCUGGAGCAAUCCUGCAGGAUGCUAAGCUGUGCUCUGGGUGCCCAGGAAGAUGCCCACCAGGAAAGGGUUGGCACCUGUUCCUCAAGUCUUCACACCCGUGCAGUGCAUGGAGGCAAACAGUGACACUCACGUGCCAGCAGGCACAGGCCCUGCUCCCAUCUGGGCAGGCAUCUCUACUGUGAAUGCUUUUUGAUUAAAGAGCUAUUUUUCUAAAGAGGUGUGUGUAUCCUUGUGCCAGGGCCCAGGGCAGAAGCCAGCUCCUCUGGGACAUGCUUCCAGUUCUGCCCAGUGCCCGCUGCCAGCCACAGCAGCUGCCAGUGCUGCAGGAUCCUCUGGCACGGCCUGAACGGCCAC